AUAUCUAAAGAGAAAAGGAAAAGAAACGUUCUUUGGAAGACAAGAAUCCAUUGUUUUUUUAUACAACUACACAAUUCAAUCCAGGAGAGACGAUUAUGAACAAGUCGAGUUAGAAAAACAAGUGGCUUUCGUCUUGUACGCCGACCAAAAUUUCUUUUCAAGUGGUGAGUUUGAAAGCCUGUAGCCAAUGAGUUCAACGGCUGCUGCUAGCCAGAAAGAAGAGUACAAAUUGAAGGACACGAAGCCGCAGCUAGGGGAACGGUGGCCCCAUGGCGGAAUCCGUGGAGGAGGCGGUUGGAUUAGCAGUGAAAGAGCAACAAGCACGUAUGACCUUGUUGAACAAAUGUUUUACCUCUACGUCAGGGUUGUUAAGGCCAAAGAUCUGCCUCCAAAUCCGGUUACCGGAACCAUCGAUCCCUACGUCGAAGUGAAGCUGGGGAAUUAUAAAGGGAAAACGCAGCAUUUCGAGAAGAAACCGAACCCGGAAUGGCACCAAGUGUUUGCAUUCUCCAAGGACAAGAUUCAGUCCUCAGUCCUAGAGGUGUUCGUUAGAGACAGAGAGAUGGUAGGCAGGGAUGAUUACAUUGGAAGGGUGAUCUUCGACAUGAAUGAAGUGCCUACAAGGGUUCCACCCGACAGCCCUUUAGCGCCACAAUGGUAUCGGUUAGAAGACCGCAGAGGCGAGAGCAAGGUGAGAGGCGAGGUUAUGCUUGCAGUCUGGAUGGGAACACAAGCUGAUGAAGCAUUUCCCGAAGCCUGGCAUACAGACGCUAGCUCUGUUCAAGGAGAGGGCGUUUUCAGUAUCCGAUCGAAGGUUUACGUCUCCCCGAAGCUAUGGUACCUUAGGGUAAACGUUAUCGAAGCUCAGGAUCUUGAGCCGCAUGAUAAAAGCCAAUUGCCACAGGCUUUCGUUAAGGCUCAAGUUGGAAAUCAAAUACUCAAAACCAAGUUGUGUCCAGAGAAGACUACAAAUCCCAUGUGGAACGAAGAUUUGGUUUUCGUAGCAGCCGAGCCUUUCGAGGAAAAACUGUACCUAACAGUUGAAAAUAAGGUGUCUGCUGCAAAAGAUGAAGUUAUAGGGAGAUUAAUCUUGCCCCUUAACAUCUUCGAGAGACGGUUGGAUCAUCGGGCGGUUCAUUCGAAAUGGUUCAAUCUCGAAAAGUUUGGUUUCGGUGCACUGGAGGGAGACAAGAGGCAUGAACUCAAAUUUUCAACUAGGAUUCACCUUAGAGUCUGUCUUGAAGGAGGUUACCAUGUGCUGGAUGAAUCAACCAUGUACAUAAGUGACCAAAGGCCAACUGCUAGGCAGCUUUGGAAGAACCCGAUCGGAAUCCUGGAAGUCGGCAUCUUAAGUGCUCAAGGUCUUCAACCGAUGAAGACCAAAGAUGGUAAAGGAACCACCGAUGCUUACUGUGUGGCGAAAUACGGGCAGAAAUGGGUGAGGACUCGAACUAUAAUCGAAAGCUUCAAUCCUAAAUGGAAUGAGCAAUAUACUUGGGAGGUCUACGAUCCUUGCACGGUGAUCACAUUGGGAGUUUUCGACAACUGCCACUUGGGUGGAAGUGAAAAACCAGCUUCAGGCGGUGGAGGUAAAAACGAUUCUCGAAUCGGGAAGGUAAGAAUUCGAUUAUCGACACUCGAAACAGAUAAGAUUUAUACGCACUCGUACCCUCUUCUCGUUCUACAACCAUCCGGAUUGAAGAAAAUGGGGGAACUUCAGCUAGCAGUUCGAUUCACAUGCCUCUCUCUUGCCCAUAUGAUCUACCUCUAUUGGCAGCCCUUGCUGCCAAAAAUGCAUUACUUGCAUCCAUUCACUGUGAACCAGUUAGACAGCCUAAGAUAUCAGGCAAUGAACAUUGUUGCGGUGAGGCUCGGUCGAGCUGAACCGCCACUGCGGAAAGAGGUCGUGGAGUACAUGUUGGACGUCGAUUCCCACAUGUGGAGCAUGAGAAGAAGCAAAGCUAAUUUCUUCAGGAUUGUGUCACUGUUUUCUGGUUUGAUUGCUAUGAGCAAGUGGCUCGGUGAGGUUUGCUACUGGAAGAACCCUGUCACCACAAUUCUAGUUCAUGUUCUGUUCUUCAUAUUGAUAUGCUACCCUGAAUUAAUCCUCCCCACCAUGUUCUUGUACAUGUUCCUCAUCGGGAUUUGGAAUUACAGAUACCGGCCGAGGCAUCCUCCCCACAUGGAUACCAAGCUUUCAUGGGCCGAAGUAGCUAACCCCGACGAACUCAACGAAGAGUUCGAUACUUUCCCCACAUCGAAACCUCAGGAUGUCGUGAGGAUGAGAUAUGACAGGCUUAGAAGCGUGGCAGGGAGAAUUCAGACAGUGGUGGGAGACAUGGCGACUCAGGGUGAGAGAUUUUUGGCUCUACUGAGCUGGAGAGACCCCAGGGCAACCAGCCUAUUCGUUGUAUUUUGCCUAGUUGCAGCAGUGACAUUGUAUGUGACACCAUUUAAGAUAAUAGCUCUGGUUGCAGGCUUGUUCUGGCUCCGGCAUCCCAGAUUCCGGAGCAAACUACCGUCGGUACCGAGCAAUUUCUUCCGGAGAUUGCCGUCUCGAGCUGAUAGCAUGCUCUGAAAAAUAGUUGACAUCACCUCCACUGAUAUACUUUUUUAUUCUCUUUCGAGUUUCUUUCGUUGUGCUUCUAAUAAAAUUUAAAUCAAGUGAUAUGUUGUACUGGAUCUCUUUCUCAUA